GAAGAUUGUUCAGUUCUUAGAAAGUAGCCAUAACAAAGGAAGCAGCUGCAGGAGGUGCGUGCAUCGAGCGGAACCAUGAUCUCGCAGUUCUUCGUCCUAUCACAGCGUGGCGAUAACAUCGUUUUCCGAGACUACCGUGGUGAGGUGCAGAAGGGAAGUGCAGAGAUAUUUUUUCGCAAAGUAAAGUUUUGGGAAGAUGGGGAGUCGGCAGAGGCACCACCUGUCUUUAAUGUGGAUGGUGUAAAUUACUUUCAUGUGAAAGUUGUUGGCUUAUUGUUCGUUGCAACUACAAGGGUUAAUACAUCACCUUCCUUUGUCUUGGAGCUUUUACAAAGAAUUGCUCGUGUUAUUAAAGAUUACCUUGGGAUUCUCAAUGAAGACUCUUUGAGAAAAAACUUUGUGCUUGUGUACGAGUUACUUGAUGAAGUUAUUGAUUUUGGUUAUGUGCAAACAACAUCAACUGAAUUGUUGAAGUCCUAUGUUUUCAAUGAACCAAUUGUAAUUGAUGCUGCACAUCUGUCACCUCUUGGACCUGCUGCAAUUUUUGCGCAAGGGACAAAGAGAAUGCCAGGGAUAGCUGUCACAAAAUCUGUUGUUGCCACAGAGCCCGGGGGUAGAAGGAGGGAGGAAAUCUUUGUAGAUAUAAUUGAGAAAAUCAGCAUCACUUUUAGCUCUAGUGGAUAUAUACUGACUUCCGAGAUUGAUGGCACCAUACAAAUGAAGAGCUAUCUUACUGGCAAUCCUGAAAUUCGAGUAGCUCUUAAUGAAGACCUUGCCAUAGGAAGAGGCCAGGGACCAGUUUACGGUUAUAAGAGUUCAUCUGGCUCAGGAGUUGUGAUAUUAGAUGACUGUAAUUUCCAUGAAUCUGUUCGUCUUGAUAGUUUUGAUAUGGAUAGAACUCUAUCCCUGAUACCACCAGAUGGUGAAUUUCCGGUCAUGAACUACCGUAUGACCCAGGAAUUUAGGCCUCCUUUUCGUAUUAAUGCUUUGAUUGAAGAAGCAGGGUUGCAUAAGGCAGAAGUAAUCAUUAAAGUAAGUGCUGAGUUUGCCUCAAGUGUAACAGCAAACACUAUCAAAGUGCAGAUGCCACUACCAAAAUAUACCACCAGAGUUAGUUUUGAGCUGGAACCUGGAGCUGUUGGACAAACAAGUGAUUUUAAGGAAGCAAAUAAGAGGCUAGAAUGGAAUUUAAAGAAGAUUAUUGGGGGAUCUGAGCAUACUUUACGUGCGAAGCUAACCUUUUCUCAGGAAUCACACGGUAUUAUAACUAAAGAAUCUGGACCUGUAAGCAUGACAUUUACUAUACCAAUGUAUAAUGCAUCCCGGCUUCAGGUAAAAUAUUUGCAGAUAGGAAAGAAAUCUGGAACGCAUGAGCCAUAUCGGUGGGUUAGAUAUGUUACACAGGCAAAUUCCUACGUUGCUCGUAUAUGAUGCAGAUAACACCGC